AGUCGCACACCAGCUGCUCACGCAUUCGGACGUGUUUUCGCAUCCGUUUCGCAACCGAUUCGCAAACGCUCCGCAGCUCGGCGCCGACAACAACAGUUGGGCCCCAUUGCGAACAACAGAUACAAGUGGCCAGCGGACUGGAGUUUCGGCGGGCCGGAGUCUCCAUAUCCGAAUAUAAUGUGACAGGACGACAAGAUGGACUUCCAGAAUCGCAACAAUACGGCCAACAAGUUUGUCUGCCCCAGCGACAGGCAACUGGCCCUGCGUGCCAACUGAGUUCAUGGUCGAAUCUCGGAUGAAAGCGCGUUUGAGCUGAGGCGCCUUAACUCAAGUCGCAGGACAAGACAGGACAGGAUAGGAGGACAUCAUCCCUGUUGCUGUCCGCAGGACAUGGGUUAAUGUCACUCAAGUGGCUCGAUCGGGCGAAACUUUGAGUGCCUGGAGUGCGGCUCCCUGUUUAUUUGCUUACUCGGAGAAAACCUUGUGCCGCAGAGGCAAAUGUUGAUAGAGCACUAACCGAAUUUGUAAUUUAAUUAUUAUGUUAAGGAACCUGCAAGGGCAUUUAAGCCAACGCCCAGCCCAUACGCCCCAAAAAAAAAGAAGGAAAAACGAACUCAACCCACACACGAACUGGGCGAGUAAGCGCACAUGGCCACACAAUCAGAUAUAUGUACAUAUAUAUAUAUGUAUAUGUAUGUUCUCAUAUAUGCUCCACGUACACGGGAAGUCAAUAAACCCGGCGUGAAGGCAACUCGCACCCACAGUUUCUCGAAAACGAAGCCGAAUCAUAACAUGCCAAUGGAAACAAUCAGGAACUAUGCAAAUGAGCCAGCUAAGAGUUUUUGUUUUUGCCAAUUACUAUAGCAAUUAUGAUUUCAAUUAAGUCCAAAAGAUUACACUCUUAAGUCACCUGGUUAGGUGUCGAAAGAUUAAAAGCUGGCUGGAGCAGUUCCAAGACCAGUGAGCCGCUGCGUCCCGAGGAGCAGGAGGCCAUCAUCUCGGUGAUCCGGCGCAACGAGGAGAUUGAGGUGGCCGAGCGGCAACGGGUUGGCCGCCUGGUGGAGCGCGUCGAGAAGAUCAAGCAGCAUGCCGUGGAGCGGGGACCCAAUUGCUGUCGCCUGUGCGGCGACACCUUCGGUAUCCUGCGGCCGCAGCGCAUCCUGUGCGAGGACUGCCGCCAGUCGGUGUGCACCAAGUGCAGCGUGGACAUUAACAUCCGCUACCACACCAGCGAGCGGUCCCGCGAAAUCUGGCUGUGUCGCAUCUGCUCCGAGACGCGCGAGAUGUGGAAGAAGUCCGGAGCGUGGUUCUUCAAGGGUCUGCCCAAGUACGAUAUGCCGCGCAGCGCCAGUGCCACGCCCAUUCCCAACCCGGGACCCGGAUCCAUGGCAGGCGACACGCGGGCCGUUCAAAGCUGUCAUGCGACGCCAACACGACCGGCGCGGGUGAAGAAGCUAACGAUCCGGGUGAACGACAGCAGCUCCAGCAGCAGCGGGCACUCGGAGCCGGAGGAUGAGGUGGACACCGGAGUAGGAAUAGGCGUCGGCGUUGUCGGUGGUGGCAUGGCCAAGGGCAUUGCUUCCACUCGUUUGCAACGGGAGGAUAGCUUCCGGCUGAGGGCAUACGGCUCCAUACGCAGCUUUAUCGACGGCGGCGAGCGGAAGUUGUCCAACUCCUUCUUCUUCAACCGCCAGCAAAGUCAACGGCCAUCGGAGUGCCCGGAAUACGACAGCGUCAGCAUGUCGAAGCUGAGGCGGGAGAGCAGCUUCCUGCGGCGCGGCUCCGUCAGCUCCUCCUGGUCGAUUAGCGAUAGUUCCGGCUCCGGAUCGAACAACUCCGGCAACUCACAAACGCAGUCGCAGUACCAGCAGCACCAGCAACAGCUACAGCAGCACUGUCGCGAUCCCCUGCUCGGCUGGCUGGAGAUUGCCAUUAGCUAUCGUGAGGCCUUCCACAGCCUCGACUGCACCAUGGUGCGUGCGCGGGAUCUGCCCGCCAUGGAUGCGGCCGGAUUGGCGGACCCGUACUGCAAGCUCAACAUCAUUACGCCGGAGGCGCACACCAAGUACACGCGAUGGCAGCGCACAAAGACGGUGCACAAGACCCGCAAUCCGGAGUUCAACGAAACGCUGCAGUUCGUCGGCGUGGAGCCCGAGGAGCUGGGUAACUCGCUGAUUUACGUGGCCCUUUUCGACGACGACAAGUACGGCCACGACUUUCUCGGCGCGGCCAAGGUCUGCCUUUCCACGCACGUCGCAGUACCGGAUUUCGGUGCCACUCGGCGUGGAGGACCAGUACAGCAACGCGGCGGAGAUGGCCCAGAACUGGCCCAAUGGCAAGAUGCUUCUCUCGCUCUGCUACAACACCAAGCGAAGGGCGUUGGUGGUGAAUGUGAAACAGUGCAUCAACCUGAUGGCCAUGGACAACAACGGCAGCUCCGAUCCCUUCGUCAAGAUCCAACUCAAGCCGGAUGCGCACAAGAACAAGAAGCACAAGACCAGCGUCAAAUGGCGCACGCUCAAUCCCAUCUACAACGAGGAGUUCUACUUCGAGGCAAGUCCGCACGACCUCAACAAGGAGAUGCUCAUCCUGACCGUGUGGGACAAGGAUCUCGGCAAGAGCAACGACUUCCUGGGCAGCCUGCAAUUGGGCGCCCAAAGCAAAGGCGAACGCCUGCAGCAGUGGCUCGACUGCAUCCGAUUGCCCGAUCACUUCCACGAGAAAUGGCAUUGCCUCGCCCCCGACAAUCCCGCCCACUGAGUAGCCCCAUCCGAUCCCAACGCCAACCGAUCCCCAGUCCAAUCGAUUCGAUCUUAUCUCUACCGAUAUGGAUGUUUUUCCUGUAGGACACAUUUGAACGAACUGAUUUCUCAGCGCAGUCAAGGAAAUAUGAACCAUAUCUUUUACGUUAAGUAGUUCAGGAACAUAUUAAUGCUAAUGCUUUUUUCAUUUCUAUAACUUUUUUAACUUUAAACAGUUAAUAAUUGAAUACUUUGUAAUUUUAAAGAUAUAAACUGCAUGCUUUGCUAGAUCGAAUCAACACUAAUUGGUAGCUCAAAGGACGAUUUGCAUUAGACUAAGCUGAGAAAUCAGGUCGUGGAAAUGAGGCUUUAGCUCCAAAUAUACACAUAUAUAUAUAUACUUACAUAUACAUACAUAUAUAUUAUAUACAUAUAUUUUUGAUAAGCCUGAAUGGGUGUGAGCAAGCAAGAAGAAGCUAAAAAGAGCGAGAAAUAUUGUGUGUUUUUGAGUGAAUGCUUUCCAAAAAUCUCGUACGUAACCCCAAUUUUCUAUGUCUAUACUUUGGCUCUUAUCGGCAUUUUUGUACACUGUAUAUAGCUUGUUUAAGUGUCCUUACCAAGGGUUAACCAACAUCAAAAUCUUUUCGAUUCAUUGCUAAAUUCAAUCUUUAAUCAAACGUAUACUUAUGUACUUCAAUAUAUCGAAAUAUAUACAUCUAUAUUCUCAAAAGAU